AUGUUAUUUUUAUGUCAGGUGCUUCGUAUUCGCGUGAUAUCUGCGCAACAACUUCCGAAGCCUCGAGGCUCAGUAGCCAAGGGAGAUACAAUAGAGCCCUACAUUGUUGUACAAAUAUUUGGAAUAUUAACUGAUUGUAGGGAGGAGAGAACACGCACAGCAAAAGCGGGUUGUGCAACGGGCUACAGUCCAGCUUUUGAUGACACAUUUGAAUUCACCGUCCGACUUGGCAGCAUUGCUUUAGUUCGGUUCGUAGCACUUGACGAUAACUCGAUUGGCGAUGAUUUUAUCGGACAAAAUACGAUCCCUUUUGACUGCCUUAGACAGGGUAAAGAUAUUAUUAUUAGCAAUUCUGGCAUCAAAAAUGAUAUGAUAUAA